UGACGUAUGACUAGUUAAGUUAUAGUGCUAUAUAUGUGAGAAUGCCCACUUGUAUAAAAAAGCUUUUUAAAAUAUUUUUGCUCGUAGGUAAUAAAUAAGAAUUAUGUAUUGGAAAAAUACACAAAUUGUUAAAUAAUUUGUUGCUAUUGCGUUUGAAUAGACUAGUUAAGAUGUUACGGGACAUAGUUUUAUUUAUAUUAACAAUCGUAAACAUUGUGUUUGGUUUUUCUGAUGUGGGAAAAUGGGAUUUACCUCUAAACGGGGAAAGUUGCAAUUUCACAUUAGCCAAGUCACUUUUCAAAGAUUCACAACUAAUAAUCGCAUUGCAUUGUGAUGUAAAGGAACCAACAAAUAUCACAAUUAUGUACUCAUGGAUGAAAACAAAUUGCUCACCAGAUUACUUCCAUUAUUUUGAAAAGAGAAUAGUUGAUUGCACAAAUUAUGAAGAAAAACCAAUAGAUGAAAAUAAUAACACAAAAUUAUUACCUACUAUUCUAUGUAAUGGCCAAAAUGUCAUAUAUCUACGCAAUAUUAAAAACUCUAAUGAUAAGAAAGAUGUGAAUGACAUACAACCUAGAGCGCCCUUCCACACAGUCGAACGCGAAGGGAUUUAUGCUCUAUGGAUGUCUGUUCGUAGUAAUAAAAUGUUUCAAGUGUCCAUGCACAUCGAAAUGGCGGCUCCAUCUGGGUACAUGUCGGCAGCUAUUUGGCCUCUUUUGCCAUUCUUUGGUGUGAUGUGCGGCGUGUAUACGGUGUUGUGUGCGUGCUGGCUGACGGUGUGUGCGCUGCAAUGGCGAGACCUAUUGCGCAUACAGUACUGGAUCGGAGGUGUGGCGCUGCUCGGCAUGGUCGAGAGUGCCACGUACUACGGGGUCUAUUCCUCCAUCAACAGGACCGGGUACUUCAACGCUGAAGCCUACAUGUUCGCCGAGUGGAUGUCGGUAGCGAAAAGGGCGCUUGCGAGAAUGUUAGUCAUCAUUGUAUCAUUGGGCUUCGGGAUAGUAAAGCCGCGCCUGGGCCCGGCGCUGCAGCGCGUGGUGGGCGCGGGCGCGCUGUGGGGCGUGCUGGCCGGCAUCGAGGCCUGGCUGCGGCUUCACCACAAGGCCGAGGACUCCAACCGCGACCUGCUGCUGUCGGAGGCGCCGCUGUCGCUGGUGGACAGCGCUAUCUGCUGGUGGGUCUUCGUAUCCCUCGCGCACACCAUGCGAACGCUGCAGCUCAGGAGGAACACAAUCAAGCUCUCUCUGUACAGACACUUCACGAACACAUUAAUAUUUGCCGUCAUCGCGUCAGUUAUAUUCAUGCUCUACUCUCUCAAGUCGUACCGAAUAAUAUUUUGUAUUUUAGAAUGGAAAGAAGUGUGGAUGGAUGAAGCGUACUGGCAUAUUUUAUUCGCCGGUGUCCUGACAGUAAUUAUGGUGUUAUGGCGACCCACAAACAACAAUCAGAGAUACGCCUUCACGCCGUUGUUGGACAAUGCUGAGGAUGAUGACGAAGAAGAAGAACAGUUUGUGAACGACGCAUAUGGAGUCAAAAUGCGAGCGACUAAUAUAAACGAGACGCCCGACUCGCCUCGCGACCCCGAGCCCAAUACCACGUCGCUGGACUCGGACCUUCGCUGGGUAGAAGAGAACAUACCGACCAGCACACUUCCUUUAUUAGAUUCAGAUGAGGAGAUUAUCAACACGAAAUUUGAAGUUUCCAAGAUGCAGUAAAUAAAUAGUAUUGUUUAUAAAUUGUCACUGUGAUUUAUGUUUUUUAUUUAAUAAAAGUAUUGUUUCGUACGCUUAGUUAUGUGAA